AGCAGUCCGCUUGCGCUGAGAGGCUGGGUAGAGCCGGAAAGGAGACGCUGCCCUUCCGAAGCCGUGGAGCGCAGAUGCCUGGCGACAGCGGUCCGUCCCUCCUCUUAUGACGAAGGUGGUACGAUCCAGGCUGGUUAAGACAGGAAGGGAAUUCUCCGAUGGAGGCUGACUGCGGAAUCCUGAGGCACACAUUAAAACAAAAGUUGCGUUUCCUGGUAAACUUUUCUGACCGAGCGCAGUUCCCAUGAGUUCCGGCUGAUGCCAAGAACCUCCUUCCAAGAUGGCGUUUCGCAGAACCGAGGGAAUGUCUGUUAUCCAAGCUCUAGCCAUGACUGUAGCAGAAAUACCAGUGUUUCUCUACACUACAUUCGGUCAGUCUGCCUUCUCUCAGCUGCGGCUCUCCCCGGGCCUACGGAAAGUGCUCUUUGCCACCGCUCUUGGGACCGUUGCUUUGGCCCUGGCGGCCCACCAACUGAAGCGCCGGCGGCGUCGGAAGAAACAGAUCGCCCCUGAGAAGUCGGGUGCAAAGGCUGGGAUGGUGCCCGUCCCCAUUUUGCCAACAAGAAGAGCCCCCUCGGUGAAGAAAGGGUACUCCAGCAGGCGCGUCCAGAGCCCCAGCAGCAAGAGCAACGACACGCUCAGUGGGAUUUCCUCCAUCGAGCCCAGCAAGCAUUCCAGCUCCUCCCACAGCCUGGCCUCGAUUGUGGUGGUAAGUGUGUGCGGGGCAGGGCACUGCGGAGGGGGCCGGAAAACACAGAGCAUGCACCGGGCGAAAACAGAGCUUUUAGGCUGCUACAGCAAUCAGGACUUCUUGGCAAAGCUCCACUGUGUGAGACAGGCUUUUCAGGAACUUCUUCAGACUGAGAGCAACCAGACGUUUUUUGGGGAGGUUGGCAAACACAUGGUGUUGGGACUGAUGACCAAGGCUGAAAAGAACACCAAGGGUUUCCUGGAGAGCUAUGAUGAAAUGCUGCGCUACACGCUGAGACAAGAGACUUGGCCGACUACUCAAAAGGAGCUGGAAGGACGAGGGGUAGUCUGCAUGAGUUUCUUUGACAUUGUGCUGGACUUUAUCCUCAUGGAUGCCUUUGAAGACUUGGAGAACCCGCCAUCUUCUGUGCUUGCGGUCCUGCGCAACCGUUGGCUUUCUGAUAGCUUCAAAGAAACAGCCCUCGCAACUGCUUGCUGGUCUGUUCUAAAAGCAAAGCGGCGGCUUCUAAUGGCUCCAGAUGGCUUCAUCUCUCAUUUCUACUCCGUAUCGGAGCACGUCAGUCCUGUACUCGCUUUUGGCUUUCUGGGGCCAAAGGAACAUCUGUCAGAAGUCUGCAGCUUUUUCAAGCAACAGAUCCUGCAAUAUUUGAAAGACAUGUUUGACCUGGACAUUGUGAGAUACACAUCAGUACAGUUACUUGCCGAAGACAUCCUCCAGCUCUCCCGGCGCCGCAGUGAUAUACUUCUGGGCUACUUGGGCGUCGAGACUGCCCCAGAGAUGAAUGGGAGCCUGCCCAGUGACAUCGUGCCCUUUGAGGAGCUCAAUUAAACUUGGCCUAAGGAAGAGGAGCCUUCUCAGUCAAGAGCUGUCUAUCCUGAAUGGAUGGUUGAAUCCAUGGCAGGAACCCUUCCCCCUGGUUAGAACUGACAUGACUGCAUCGGCCAUUUGACCAGACGUCUGCUAUUCUAUCUGGAGGUUUGGCAGGCACCGUGAAAAGACACUUGGUGCUUGCACUUAUUCUUUGCUCACCUGUCCUUCCUCCUUUUUAAAAUUAAAUUUUAGUUGCAGCACAAAUCGGGACAUUUGGGGGACAUCUGGCUUCCCGGGUUUUCAAGCACUCUCUCCCGAUUCCACGGAGAAUCUGCUUUCACGUCAGCAGGGAGGAUAAUUGGAGGACAGGAUCCUGCCCGUUCCUAACUCUUUUUUCCCCCCUUUGGACAUUCCUUUUUAAAAUUACCCUUUUCGGCAUGUCAAGAUGUAUUGUCAAGCUGAUGGUUUUGUUUUGGUUUUUAAUUUGAGAAUUUCAGUGCACACGAUGAUGGCUGAUCGCACAAGAAGAUGACUUUUUUUGCCCUUGCUGUGAAGAGGAGUGAAUGGUUCUGUAAAGCACUGAAACCAGAGAAGGUGUUAGUAAAUUGAAAGUUAAGUGUGAUUUGUGCGGGAGCGUGUUCCACUUUCACGAGCCAGAUGGGAAUCGUGCUUUUACCGUUGGACUUCUAGAGCACAAUUUGCUGAAAACUGUUGUAAACUCAGCCCCCUGCCGGCAAUGUUUUAUAGUUUCAUGGUGUUUGAUGAUCUUUCAUUUUUUGCAGCCCUCUCCUGUGUAGGCUACUGCUACACGCGUCAUAUGGGUACCCAGGGCAGAGAUCCAGGGUCAGUGGCAAAUACGUCCACGACCCAGGAGAGGCCCACUACCCAAAAGUGACGCUUGGCUCCCUGCUCCCACCAGGCACAAGAUGGCCACAGAGGCCCAUGUGACGUGGUAGGAGACUCAUUCACGUCUGGAGGAAAUGAAGCCGAUCGGCCUGUGCUUUUCUUGACCUUGCUAGCGAGGGUGUCCAUAGAGGAGCUGAAAGGUGCCAUGUGUAAUUCUUCCAUGUGUAGGAUGAAGCAUGCGUGCAUGGACGGGUGGCAUGUUGAAUGGGGGUGCGCUAGGUAAGAACCUGGUACUGGGCUUCUGAAGCACAGAGCUCGCCUUGUACAUUCCAUAGGGUUCGUUCGCAGAUCCCCUGCCACCCAUUUUUUUUUUUUUGUUCCUGAAAUUCCCAUCUGAAAAGAUUUCUAGAAUCAUUUCUCUCAGCCUGCCGUCGGGAAAUAGAAGAGCACAAUUGGUUCUGGCCCAAGGUGCCUAUCUGUGUGUCUUAAAUGGCAAAUCAAGGCCUUAAAAUUGAAAAUUGGGUAGAAAACCGUGAGCCAGGAAGAAGAGCAAUCUAUCCAUUAUAGUUCUGAAUGGGUCUUUACAAGCAAAACCCAGUUUAUGGCAGAAUGGGAGGGAAGUCUUCAUAAUCAUACGAGUAAUGAUUCCAGUCUCUUAAGGAUCUGAGCCCCGUGUGCUUUUAGAACAGCAAUCAUCCGGGGGUGAGGGUGGCAGAGGUUACAAGGACCUUACCAAAUGGGACAGCAGCAGACCUGCCUCAUCUGUAUGUAAAACUGGAGGGGGUGUGUGUUUCUAGAGCAGAAGAUGCACCUUGGUAAGUGGAGAUUAAUCUUCCCCUCACGUCCCACUGCCCCUGAGGAUUUCCAGAAUUGGAGCCUGGGGUUUUUUUUAAAAAGCACUGGGAGUUGGGAAGAACAGUCCGCUACCGAGAGGUAGAUCAUGGGCCGAGGAAAGGAUUGGACAAAAGGACUGGAGUGAGUGAGGCAGAAUGUGUAGUGUGAACUGUGGCUGCCUCAUAUCUCAAGAGAUCCAGGUGGAUCUCCAAUCUGGCAACUCUACCCGAUAUUGUAAUUCUGAAAUAAUGUCAGGAGCCAGAGAAAUCUUAUGUGGUUUUGGAAGAGGAACUAGGCCAAAUAGAACUGCUGAAUGUUUGGGUUUUUUUAAAUCAAAAUCCUAACUGCACCAAUUGUAAAGUGACGCAAAUUGAUUCUUAGAAGAGUGUCUGAUUUGUAGUGUUUUCCAAACUUUCUAGGGUAUGUUCAAAUAGUUAAAGGGGACAUACCCAACACCGAGACUUGUGGUAUAUAUGCGCACAGCCAAGCUCCUUGUUUGAGGCAGGGAAUCUAGUUGAAGAAGCUUUUCCUGGUAUGGAGUAAAAUAUAACCACCUGCUAAUGUUGGCAGAUGAAGACACUGUUGUGUACAGCAAGCAGAGGUUGGUAAAAUAGUUGGCAACUCUAAUAAUAUUUAUUUGCAUACAACUGCAUUCUGUGGGUGACGGUUGGUGGACCAUGUACCCACAUUACUUCCUGUGUAUUAUAUUAUUACUGGGAACUCAUUCUUGGGAAGAGUGAAAUAGAAUGUGUGAAUAUUUUAGAUUUUUAAAAAAUGAAAUGUUUGGCAUCUAAAGGAGGCAGACAGGUGGUUACAGUUGAGAGUUUAUUAUUGGCAUUUUUUUUAACCAUCAUUGUGUUUUUUUCAAACGUUAGAAGUCUAUAAAACAUCAAAGUUUGGUCAUUGUGAAUGUUGGUUUUGAACAACAGUUACCUUGUUGGUUCACAGUGAAUGAGAGGGAUGAAGUAUGUGACUGGAUAACUUUUCAUGGGCUGGUUAUGUGAUUGGAAUAUUGUUUAAGCUUUUUUUUCGCUUAACAAUGCUCAGGAGAAUAAAGAAACAGGACUGGUUUAUAGGUUCAGCAAACUGAGGUGGUCCAAUGCUGGGGUGAUAGGUUCUACUGUACUAUUUUAGGCGGCAUACUUCCAUAUUGGGCAAAAACUCGUUGCAAGCAACAUCUUGCCACUGAGGCCCUAGCCUUAUUUUGCCUUGGCUAUGCCAGCUUUCUAUAGGGAAGCUUUUAUGCCAAUGAUAAUUUUAAAAAAUACAGUCCCUCACCUGCAGAUUGAAGAUCUAUUCUUCUACCUCUGUACUCUAUGACAUUGUUUCCUUUUCAUUUGGCUACAUGUUUAGACUGGCUUCAUUACUGGGGAAAGCAAUACUGUCUCCUUUACAGAAACAAGGCAAAUAAAUAAUCUUUUAUUUGCCGGUGUCUGUGCGCUUUAAAUCUGGCGCUCUGUAAUGAUUUUAUAAGCAUCCUUUUCUCCAGAGGAAACUUUGAACAAGUGCUUAAACACUGACUUUAAAUUAGCGUAAGUAACUUUAAUUUUGCAGGAUUGAAGAGUACAUGUGAAUGAUUUAAUAGUAAUUUUUUCCUUGUGUAGAUGUAAGGAGAUUGAACUGAAAAAAGAAACGAAAAAUCCCACUAGCUCUGAAAUCAGCAUUGCUCUGAAAAUUAUGUCCACUGCUGUUUGUGGAUUGAAAUGGGCAUCCCUCUUGCAAGAGGACAUUCCUGUGAAACCUGAAACUAAUGAAUGUAACUUGUGCCUCAUCUAAUUGUCUUUUCCUAAGAAUUUAGAAUCAUCUUUCAUUUAUUGCACUGACCCCUUUCACCUAAAAUGUUUGUAUCCUCCUAGAAUGUUGACAUUUGGUUACAAAUGAAAUAAAUCUUUCCUUCAUUAUCUUAA